AUGAAUGAAAGUUUAGAUAUUACUGAAAAUAAAUUAGUAAAAGAAUUUUUGUCUGAAAAAAAGCCAAUUAAACUUAAUGAAAUUAGCAAUAAUUUGAUACUUGUGAAUAAUAAUCAAAAUAUUUCAAGUAGGUCUAAUUUAGAUAUAUGUUCUAGUGAAUUUGAAGAUAAGUCACUUGAUUUAGAUUAG